AUGGCAAAACUCACUGACGAUGCCGGCGAAACGUCUGGGAAGAUACCACGUCCAUGUACCGACUUUGGAAAUGAUCAUGUAUACAAUGGACUCCGGACUAGACAAACAAGCCAUACAAUUGCCAAUAGUACCUCUGCUUGUGUCGGAAGCGGCGGUGGUGGUGGCAGUAGUCAAAGUCUUUCAUCAGCCUCUCGGGGUGUACUUACUAACUUCCUCUGUUCUGCUGACCGAGGCCUUGUCCCUGCUUUAGAACUGAUGUUUUCCUUCGGGUUUCGCUCAACCCGUCUUUUCCAGCGACGGACUUACCUCUGGGAUUAUUUGGGUGAAUUUCUGCAUCAGAUUAUAUUUAUGCGAGGUGUCUUCACCAAGUUUUUUUACUGUGAUAAGGGGACUGGUAAUUGA